AUGAACGGGACGGAGGGCCCGAACUUCUACGUGCCUUUCUCCAACAAGACGGGCGUGGUGCGCAGCCCCUACGAGUACCCGCAGUACUACCUGGCUGAGCCGUGGCAGUUCUCCGUGCUGGCCGCCUACAUGUUCCUGCUGAUCAUGCUUGGCUUCCCCAUCAACUUCCUCACGCUCUACGUCACGGUCCAGCACAAGAAGCUGCGCACGCCUCUCAACUACAUCCUGCUCAACCUGGCCGUGGCCAACCUCUUCAUGGUCUUGGGUGGCUUCACCACCACCCUCUACACCUCUAUGCACGCGUACUUCGUCUUCGGGCCCACGGGAUGCAAUCUGGAGGGCUUCUUCGCCACCCUGGGCGGUGAAAUUGCCCUGUGGUCGUUGGUGGUCCUGGCCAUCGAGCGGUACGUGGUGGUGUGUAAGCCCAUGAGCAACUUCCGCUUCGGGGAGAACCACGCCAUCAUGGGCCUCGCCCUCACCUGGAUCAUGGCUCUGGCCUGUGCCGCACCCCCCCUCGUCGGCUGGUCCAGGUACAUCCCGGAGGGAAUGCAGUGCUCGUGCGGGAUCGACUACUACACGCUCACGCCAGAGGUCAACAAUGAGUCCUUCGUCAUCUACAUGUUCGUGGUGCACUUCUCCAUCCCCUUGGUCAUCAUCUUCUUCUGCUACGGGCAGCUGGUCUUCACAGUCAAGGAGGCAGCUGCCCAACAGCAGGAGUCGGCCACCACGCAGAAGGCCGAGAAGGAGGUCACUCGCAUGGUCGUCAUCAUGGUCGUUGCUUUCCUGAUCUGCUGGGUGCCCUACGCCAGCGUGGCGUUCUACAUUUUCAUGCACCAGGGCUCCGACUUUGGCCCCAUCUUCAUGACCGUCCCGUCGUUCUUUGCCAAGAGUUCCGCCAUCUACAACCCCGUCAUCUACAUCAUGAUGAACAAGCAGUUCCGGAACUGCAUGCUCACCACGCUGUGCUGUGGCAGGAACCCACUGGGUGACGACGAGGCCUCCACCACUGCCUCCAAGACAGAGACCAGCCAGGUGGCGCCUGCCUAAGGACUCUGCGGCCAACUGUAGGAGUCUCCCAGCCCCCGCCCCCCACCCCAGCCGCCCCAUCAGGAGCCGUGCCUGUUGGAACCAGGUCACACAGGCUCCCUGAGUUUAAACAAACAAACGAAAAGAGAAUUAGUGAGAGAAAACUGGGGCUCCUCACUUGGCAGGGACGGCCCAGUCUGGAGUCCUGAUUUCCCAGGGGCCGGUGGGAUCUGUACCCCCCUUUCCCCCCCAAACUCAUCUCUCAGGCACACGAGAACUCUUGCUCUGGAAUAGUGUCCCAGCUUAGGGAUAAGUGUGUAGCACAGAGUGGGGCACAUAGUAGGUGCUUAAUAAAUGCUAGAUGGUUGAAGGAAGGAGUGAAUGGAGACACGGAUGGAGAGAUGAAUGGUCAG